GGAUCCGGCCGCGCCGCUGCUUGGACAGAGAGAGGAGAGAUGGCCUCGGGCUGUGAGGAUGAUGUUCCUCGCAGCAGUGGAGUCGGCGUCAUCUCGACGUCCUCCUCAGCCGAACUAGCAGCCCAAAAACGUGAGGAACGCCUGAAGAAGUUCCGUGAUCUCCACCUUAAACGGGGUGAAGCUCGGAAGCUGAAUCACCAAGCGGUGGCAGAGGAGGACAAGUUGCUGAAACUGCCCGCUAACUGGGAGGCCAAAAAAGCCCGGUUAGAGUGGGAGCUGAAGGAAGAGGAGAAGAAAAACGAAUGUCUGGCAAAGGGAGAGGACUAUGAACGGGUCAAGUUGCUGGAUGUGGGGGCUGAGGAUGCCGAGAGGUGGGAACGAAAGAAAAAGAAGAAAAAUGCAGAUCCCGGAUUUUCAGAUUUUGCAGCCGCUCAGUUCCGCCAGUACCAGAGGCUGGUUAAGCAGAUUAAACCAGACAUGGAGAAUUACGAGCAGCAGAAGGAAGAUGUAGGAGAAGAGUUCUACCCGACCUCAAACAGUUUACUGCACGGCAGCCAUGUUCCCUCCAAAGCAGGAGUGGACAGGGUGGUCGCAGAUGUUGAGAGACAGAUUGAGAAGCGCGCCAAGUACAGCAGGCGUCGCCGCUACAACGACGACGCUGACAUCGACUACAUCAACGAGAGGAACGCAAACUUCAACAAAAAAGCGGAACGAUUCUAUGGCAAAUACACUGCGGAGAUCAAACAGAAUUUGGAGAGAGGAACAGCGGUCUAACCCGUGCUCUUCAUAUAAUAAUGAUAAAUAAUGAUAAUAGUAACAACAGGCUUGUAGACCGUGAACGAGUGUGGCUGCUGUUUCUCCCAAUGGUCUCGCCGUUGCAUUUCUGAAACAGACACAGGAUAAAAUGAACUCUUUCAGAAGUAUAACAACAAUAAUAAUCCUUCCCUUUGAUAUAGCGCCUUAUCGUGUCUUCUUAAAUAUCAUACGCUGCUCUCUCUCCAGUGUGAAACUCCGCUACAUCAAUCUGCAAUCUCUGGCACACUGAUUCUUUUCUAACAAACAGAAACAUUACGCUGCAUUUUGCUAGGACACGCUUUUCAGAUAACUCCAAAACCAGAUGAAGAUCUUUUGCGUUUCAUAUUGUCUUCAUCUGGAUUUUAUAAAGUGUGGAGCCUUUCUCUGACCGUGUGUGGGAGAGUGCCUGACAUUUUGGGAUUCAUAUGACCUUAUUCUUCAUUUAUGGGGAACAUUUGUAUUGUAUGGUGUCCAAAGACUUGAUGGUUAAUAUUUUGGAAGUCCUUUUAUUUUUUUUAAUGUAAUGGUAGGUUUGAGGACCAUUGAUUUGAAUCCUUUCGCAGUGACUAUGUAAACAGCUACUUUCAAUAGACACAGAAUUGUUUUCUUUUGGUAUCGCAUAUUGUCUAUCCGAUUGCAUUGGUUUUUGAGGGUCUUCAGCUGGAAAUAAUCUAAAUUGUAUUCAAUUAAAUUGAUGUCAGCCACAAAGGGGGAGCUAUUUGGCUGUUUAGCUUUGUUCUUUGUAAGCUAAAAUAUUUCUUAUGCAGUUGUGUAUAUAAAAUAAACCUCAUUUUGAAAUGUCA